AUGGUCACAUCAUGGAUUCUUAAUUAUCUUAGCAAGGAUAUUGCAGACAGUGUAGAAUAUGUUUGUGAUGCUGCAGAGUUGUGGAAGGAGUUGGAGGAUCGUUAUGAUCAAACGAAUGGGGCUAAGCUUUUUCAGAUUCGAAAGGAGAUCAAUGAUCUCAAUCAAGGUAUACUUGAUGUUACUGUGUGUUACACUAAAAUGAAGAUACUCUGGGAGGAGUUGAGUAAUUUGAACAUUAAAAAUCAUUGCAGUUGUGUAUGUAAUUGUGGGGGAAAAGACACUUUGCAUAAGGCAGAACAGGACAGAAGGUUAAUUCAAUUCUUAAUGGGGCUGAAUGAAGUCUACACAGUCAUUAGAGGUAGUAUACUAAUGAUGAAUCCUUCACCAUCUAUGGCUCAGUCUUUUGCCUUGUUAGUUCAAGAAGAGAAACAACGAGAAUUCAAGCCCCAAAGUCAGAUAUCCGCUGAAGGAAGUUCAAUGAACUCUUCUGUGAAUGCUAGAUCAUCAAGUUCUUUUAUGAAUGCUAGCUCAUCAAAUUCUUUGACUGGAAGACCAUUCGGAACAAAUUACUCAUCUAAUAAUCAAUCUGCAAAAAAUAGAUCUAGGCCUUUUUGUAGUUAUUGCAGGAAAUCAGGAUACACCAAUACUCAAAAUCAAAGGGAAUCAAUCAACAAUCAAAACCACAGAUUUACUAAGGGUAAAGGAGUAGAAGCUAAUGUUUUUGCUGAUGAUCCUAACAUAGGAACUGAUGAAUCUCCAUAUGCCAGUCUCACUAGUGAACAAUGUGGUCAGCUUAUUAGCCUAUUGCAACAUUUACAGUUGGGGAAAACAGGAGAUAGAAACACUGAUGAGAAGAUAACAUGUGGAGCUGCAAACUUUGCAGGGCCCUUCACUAAAGAGGCCUCUGGAGAUUGGUAG